GCGUUGGUUUUUCCGUAUGGUGUUGCUGUCCAGCAUUCCUGGCUCUGCCAACUUGUACGUCCGGAACUACUUUCCAACCGUGACGCAAGGACAGGGGGCCACGUCAGAUGAAAGCGCCAUUUUGCUGACAAUAGUAGGAACCGUGGACCUAAUCAGCCGACUGUGCAUUGGACUGUUUGCCGACACUCAUAUCCUGACUUCCGUACAAAUUAUAAUUAUUACCCAGCUGUGUCUUGCGUCAGUGUGUCACUGCCUCCGUUUCUUCACUACCUUCCAUUCGUUGAUUGCCUUUGCGGUACUGAUUGGUUGUUUCGUCGGCACUCGCAUAUCUGUGCUGCCUCUGCUUGCGAUGGAGGUUGUGGGCGUGGACAGUAUGCCUCAAGCUUUAAGCUUUAUUUCAACCAUCGGAGCUCUGUCGUCUGCGAUUAUGAAUCCUAUUUUCGGUUCUGUGGCGCAAAGAAAUGGAGAUUUCGUCCUGGUGAUGAACUUGGUGGGCGGCUGCUUCACUCUGUCAAGUAUCAUCAUGAUCAGCAUGCCUCCAGUGAUACUACUGCGUCGUUUUGUCAUGGCAAGAAAGUUCAAACGACUCCAAUCUGCAAUCACAGCGAUUCAAGAGGCUGAAAGUACCUAUUCAGACAUAGAGAAAGCUGGAUCAAGUGUGGAUAUUGCAAGGAAAACUAUACAAUCCUUUGACAAUGUGAAAGCGUCAGGGUAG